UGCAGAUCAAAACAAAAACAAAAAACAUCGAUACCAGUGAAAGUAAAGUGCAUUCGAUUACUGUCCGCAAUAUUUAUAUAUUUUAUUAGAAUUGGUAGCUUAAUUCCCUAGUAAACUGCAAUAAAUCAUGAGGAAAGUGGUCAUCCUCAAGUCGGAGAGUGAAAACAGUGAAUCCUACCCGUCGUUGCUAAGAAAACACGGCUUCGAGCCCGUCUUUGUGCCAACGUUGGAUUUUUCCUUCAAGAACCUUGAUGUCCUCCGCGACCGCCUGCUGUCGCCGUACAAAUAUUCUGGCCUAAUCUUCACCAGCCCCCGGGCGAUCACCGCCGUCUGGGAUGCCCUGGAGGGAAACCGCUUGAAGGACGACUGGAAACCGUUGGAAAAUUACUCCGUUGGCGAAACCAGCUCGGAUCUGAUACAACGCAAACUCGAACUGACCACCAAAGGACAGCACUCCGGAAAUGCCAGCAAUUUGGCGGAUUUCAUCAAAACGGAUUUGUAUGAUAAAACAGUGACUAUGCCAUUUUUGUUCCCGUGUGGCAACCUGAAACAGGACGUCUUGCAGAACAAACUGUCCGAGUAUGGCUACUCGUUGGAUUGUGUCGAGGUAUACGAAACGGUUCCCCAUCGGGAUCUGGAGCGGAAUUUGGUGGACCUGUUUCGGGAAGGGGUGGUCCGACCGGAAUAUUUGCUAUUCUUCAGUCCAUCGGGAAUAAAUUACUGUGCCAGUGUGUUCGAGCGGCACAAACUGGAUAUCGAUGGCUGUCGCAUCGUUGCCAUCGGACCGAGCACCAAGAAAGCGAUCGAGAACAAAGGUUUUGCAGUGCAUCGGACGGCGGAGAAGCCCUCGCCCGAGUAUGUCGUUAGUGCUUUAUUAGAUACCUAAACAGAUGUUGACUAGUUCGUAGAAUAGGGGAGUUGUGGGGAGGGAUAAUGAUGAGACCUAUCCGAAAACAAUUCUCAACCUAAGUGUUAUAAGUCAAAUUAUUUAUAGAAAUGCUAGGAUGGAAGAAUUGCGGGAAUUCAAAUGUGAAAUGAGAUUUUGGUCGAAAGUGUCCUAAAGUGUUUUAUAUUAGUCAUUGAUGUUAUUCAAUUCAUGGUCGUGUGUGGUAUGAAACUACAAAUCGUUACACAUGCAAAGCUAAAAUAAAUAUUCAGAAAUAGUGACAAAAUGGAUUGAAUUUUAAAUACUCCACAAACAACCACAUUCGAUCUAAUAUUCUAUUUUUAUAUUUAAUGUUGUGAUAGCAAAAAUCCUUUUCUUCGCUUUAAUUCUGUGCUGUGUCAAUCAUAUUAUGUUAAAAAUUUGAUAAUAAAAUAACUAAUUUUUUAAUGUGUUUA